CAGGAUUGAACAAUAAUUAGUAUUCCAUACUUAAUCGGUCGGUCCUUUAAGUAAACCUGUAAGUACGACUUACGUUCGAUGGUCCUGUAUUUACCCCCAUCGUAUUAUGUGUUGAUAGAUAUUUGCCAACUGAUAAUGGGUAUGUGAAAUAAGUAAGUGCCCACAUGGUUGCGUGACAUUACGGUAUUUUGAUAUUAAGGCUCAACUUUAGUCAAGUUGUCGUAUCCAGUGAAAAAGUGGUUCAGUGUUUCUAUUAUCUGUUAAUUACUUGGCAUUAUUUAAAAUGUAAAGAGGCAGAGGUUAGAAGACUCGUGAAUUGUUUUUGUUUUUCGAUAACCAGUUUAUAAUUCGAGAAAAUGAAUUUUCUACGUUACAAAGCUCUGAUACGAUUCACACAAAUUUCAUCUUGCAGCACAAAUAAUAUUGGAUUGAGAUUUUGUUCAGAUGACAUAAUAUUCAAAUCCCCUGCACCUCAAAAGUUUUUUAAAAAUCUCACAGAUGUUAACGACACUUACAUUAAUAAUGAUUUACAAAGUGAAAAUUUUAGUAAUAAAGAAUCAAGCCCUAAGUAUGUUAAAAACGAGAAAUAUACCUCACAAAAGUGGAACACUAAAUAUACUAACAAUAAAAAGAAUACUUCCAAACAGUUGAACACAAAAUAUUCAAACAACGAGAAUGCUAACACUAAAAUUCUUGAUAGUUAUUUAUACAGUAAAAAUUCUAGUACUGAAAAUUUUCAAAAUGAAAAUUCCAGUCUUAGGAAUAAAGGUGUAAAAAGUGUAAGCAAUAAUAAUUCUUAUCUCAGGAGAAAUGAUAAUAAGUAUUUUAAAAAUAAAUCAAAACCGUGUUCAGAGAAUACAAACUUUAUGACCACAGGUGAACAAUCGGAAGAUUUAUAUGUGGACUUGGUAGAUAUUGAUAAUUUUGAACAAAAAGAAGAACCACCGGAUUUUGUUAAAUCAUCCAAGAAGCCACAGAGUAAUAAUAAUAAGAUUAAUUAUACAUUGAGAGAUAAUCCGGCAUAUUCAAAAGAGUUAUUAUUUGAUAAAGAUACAGAAGAAACUAAACCAAAAGAUGUGAAUCACGGUGACACAGAAAAGCUCACAAAUGUUGUGGAUAAAAGUAUUAGUUGUAUAAAAGAUCAUCCAGUCUAUCAUUUUGACCCAAAAUUGGAAGAAUACCCUAAUGUUGAUCCUACCAAUGAGACUGAAACAAACUUACGUCAAAAAGUUAUACGGUCGCCUGAGGGAGCUAUAGAGUAUGAUUUGUCUUUGGAUGAAUUUAAUGUAUCAAAAUACAUUAAGGAACUGGUAAACACACAGCCAUUAGGACCACUGCAAAAGUGUGACGAAGAUAUUUCAGAUUUUGGUCCAGGGCUAGGCCCAUCAUUUAAUUUUGCUUCUUAUGCCAAUAAGUCCAGACUCAUUCAAGAGUAUGUAAAGCUUGGAGUUGCAUUGUAUAAAGUUGAAGAAAAUGAACAUCAUAUGAGAGCUCUUCUAACUAUGGAUCUCGAAAAAGAGUUGCCUGUUUAUAUUCAGUUUCUUCAUGAUUGCGGUGUUCCUUCAGAUUGCCUUGGUGAUGUAAUUACCGAAAAUCCAAUGGUUUUGAAGGAAGAUUUGGAUGACUUGAAAACUAGAAUACGGUAUUUAAGGGCUCACGAUUUCACGGUAGACAGUAUAGCAAGGAUCGUUACAAAAAAUCCAACAUGGCUCACAUGGGCAACCAAGCACGUGGAUGAAAGGCUUGGUCACUUUCAAAAUGAAUUCAAACUUACUGCCAAUGAGGUGCGAUUUUUGGCAACUAAACAACCAAAACUUAUCACUUACCAUUUCAAACGAAUUCAUGAAAAUACGUUUGCUGUCAGAGAAGAAAUGGGCUUCAAACCACUAGAAACGAAAGUUUUAUUGCUAUCAAAACCACGUUUAUGGAUGAACAAUCGGAAAAAAAUCGUUGAGACAUUUGACUAUCUUCAUAACACCAUGAAUUUGUCUCACUUGGCAAUUAUAUCGCAAACGGAUGCUUUAACUUGUCGCAAGAGUCGUCUCAAAAAUCGUCAUGAAUUUCUCGUCGAGUUAAAUAAAGUUCAGUAUGAUCCAAAGAAACCAAAUUACAUUUCUCCAACAUCCGUAGCUUGUGGUUCAGAUGUGGAGUUUUGCAAGGAUGUAGCAAAAACAUCCAUCGAUACAUAUAAUUUGUUUUUGAAAACUCGUUAA